UAUAAAAUAAAAUUUUAUUAUAAACGCUAUACACUUUAAAAAUAACAAAAAAAUAAAUAAAACAGAAAAUUAAAGGGGAAGUUUAAAGAGUGAAGACACAAAAAGAAAAGAAAAGAGUUGCGAAGAAGCAGAGGAGCGCACGUCUGAGGAAUAAAAUUAAAAAUAUAAAAAUUCAUUUAAUAUAAGUAAAAAAAGCAGACAACAUGGAUGAAACACAACAUUUCUGUCUGCGCUGGAACAACUACCAAAGUAGCAUAACAUCCGCAUUUGAGAAUUUACGUGAUGAUGAGGAUUUUGUCGAUGUAACCUUAGCAUGCGAGGGACGCAGCAUUAAAGCACACAGAGUCGUAUUAUCAGCAUGUAGUCCAUAUUUUCGGGAUUUGCUUAAGAGCACACCCUGCAAACACCCAGUGAUCCUAUUACAGGAUGUCAAUUUUCUGGACUUGCAUUCAUUGGUCGAAUUCAUUUAUCAUGGUGAAGUAAAUGUACAUCAGAAAUCAUUGCAAUCAUUUCUAAAAACAGCAGAGGUAUUACGAGUCUCUGGUCUGACACAACAACAAGCCGAAGAAACACACAGUCAAUUAGCACAAAUUCAAAAUCUGGCUAAUUCUGGUGUACGCACACCAAUCAAUUCACAUCAUUCAUCCCUACAUGAUGAUUCUCCAUACGCACGAAAUUCAGGCUCUCCACCACCUCCACCACCACAAUUACCAUUGGCCUCCUCCCACAUCAAUACACAAUUGUUCAAACGUAGCAUGGCUAUGUUACGACGUGAACGCAAUAACUCCACACCGUCUGCUGAAGAUUCGAAUAAUGCAAUGAAACGUUUACGGGGCUCUGACAAUGGCUUACCAAACAGCAAUAACAAUAGUCCUGAUAUCAUACAUCAACGCAGCUCGUCACCACAAUUGACACCAGCCGACUUUUCAACCAUAAAACACAACAACAACAACACACCACCACUUAAGGAAGAAAAACGCAAUGGACCCACAGGCAAUGGCAAUGGCAAUGGCAAUAUCACUGGAAAUGGUAAUGGUAUUUCAAUAAAUGAUAAACUAGGCAGUCUUACACCUUCACCACUUGCACGCACAGCUGAGGAUGUCAAAUCCGAACCAAUGGAACUAGUUUGCACUAAUAAUAAUCAAAAUGCCACAGAUGAGCACAGCAAUGAUUCAACAGGUGAAAAUGAUGUUAAUCGUUCUAGUAGCGCUGAUGGUGGUAAAGGUUCUUUAAGCUCCGGUAAUGAUGAAGAAAUUGAUAACAGCUUGCCACAUCAUCCACCACCGCCAUUUCUCAUGUCACCAGCAGAUUCAAAAUUAUUUCCACCAGGCGCAUUUAAUUUCUCCAUGAGCAACAUAGAUCCUGCAGCUUUAGCUGGUUUUAAUUCACAAUUGCAAUCGGCAGCAGAAAUGGCAGUUUCACCACAAGGACCACACAAUUCAAUACGUUCAGCGGCUACAUCUCCAACAAGUUCUACCUCAUCGCCACCAUCACCGCCAACCGCCUUGACAUCACCGAAUUCUUCGCUGAGCUCAAUGGCAGCGGCUUGUGUUGGUGUCAAUAAUUUACAUAAUAGCAGCAAUAGUGGAGGUGUUUAUAGUUUACACGAUACCUCACCGCCACGCCCCGGUAGUGGUGGCAGCAAUAAUGGCAUACCGCCUACAACACCAACACAUACCUCAACACCGCCACAAAUGCCACUACGUAUGCCACCACCAACAAGUGGUGGUAUUAAUGAACCACAGGAAUGUCCCUAUUGUCGACGUACCUUCUCCUGUUAUUACUCACUGAAACGGCAUUUCCAGGAUAAGCAUGAACAAUCCGAUACAUUGUACGUAUGCGAAUUCUGCCAUCGACGCUAUCGCACCAAAAACUCACUGACCACACAUAAGAGUCUACAACAUCGCGGUUCCAGUGGUAUGCUUAAGCGUCUACUAAAGACAUCGGCUAUUAAAAAUGUUUUGGUGCCACAUCAUCACCAUCAUCAUCCGCAUCAUGCGUUGUCACAUCCACGCGCUAGUCUAUUCGAUUUCACCAGCGAGUUGGGACAACCACCACCAGGUAUACAAUAGGAUUUAAGAUGGAAUGCAAUUUUUUAGAGAAUUUCAUUAAAUGUUGUUGAUUUCAAUGGGUGUGGUGAAUUUAACAAAUAAUUCACCACACGCAAGCAUUAGCUAUAAUUUUAUAUUAAUUUAUUUUAAUAAUUAAUUUUUAAUGAAUAUAUUUUAUAAUUAACAAUCUAAUUGAUUCUAUCUAGUUUAGUUAUGUUGCGUACAUGCAAAAUUUUACAAGUAAACAAAAUUGAAAUAAUUUUAAAUUAAUUUUUAAUUUAAAAUUACAAUUAUUAAAUGCUACAUGAGGAAAUAUAAAAGUAUAUGUACGCGUUGUAUGUGCAAUAUUGCAGGAAAGUAAAAGUAAUGAGUGCAGUAAUGCAUUACAUUAUAUUAAUAUCGAGCAGCAGGGAAAAUGUUAAAAUGUUGCAUUUGUUGUUUUAUUUUUAAUCAAAAAGAAAAAAGUUUUAAAUUGCAGCUGCUUAAUUUAAACUAGGCAAGAAAUUUCAGCUUCUUGGUAAUAUUCUUACCAAGUGUGAAGUCGUGCAGUUAUUUACUGCAGGGAUAGCUUAAAGCGUUUCCAGUGAAACAGUUUUUGUACAUAAAUAGUUGUAGCAAGUAAUUUAAUUUAAUUUAAUUAUAAAUUGCAAAUUAGCUUAGUUUAAUUACUUACUUAUAUAUGCUUUAUUCUAAUAUAUGAUUUAGUUAUUUUAAGAGAAUUAGUUCUAAUACAUUUAACAUAAGAAUUCUCAGUUUGGCAUACUUUGCAAAAGAAUUGUGCCCAGCCAGUGGAAUUGAAAGAAAGAGAAUGAAGGACUUUUUUUAAAGAAACUCAUAACAAAAAGCAAAAUUUUCUUUGUAAAAUAUUUGUGGUGAAAAAUUAAUAGAAGAAUUGAAGGAAUGAGUUAGAGGUUAAGUGUGCUUCAGUAGUGGCAGUUCGUCUUAAAACAAAAAAAUAAGUUUUCCAGUUUAAAUAAUACAGUUAGUUAAAGCAGAAAUCCAACGGUCAUUCGGAAAUUCUAAAUUUUAAUUUUGAUAUUUAAUACUUUAAACACUUGUAUCAAUUAAUUACAAUAGCAGCUUUGAAAUUUUUCCAAAAAUACAUUAAGAAAUAUAUAGAUAUUCAAUAGUACAUAAAAUAGCAACAGCAAAUAGCAUAAAAAUGCUACAUAUAGCAGGAAAAAUAAAAAUAGUAACUUUAAAUUUAAAAAAAAUAUAUAUACGCAUAUAUGUCAAUUAGAAUCGCAAACACAGCUUAAAUAGUACCAAAUGGUACAU